UGCAUCCUGCUCUGGUCGUCGGCGCCGCUGUGCCUCCUUCACAUGAACCAGCAGAGCCAGCUGGUCCCCAUUGCCAUCCAGCUGCAGCAGAACCCGGGUCCUCAGAACCCGGUCUUCCUGCCCUCUGACCCCGGCUCUGACUGGCUGCUGGCUAAGAUCUGGGUUCGUGCUUCCGACUUCCAGUGUCACCAGCUGGUGUCGCACUACCUGAGGACCCACGUGAUUGGGGAGCUGUGCUGCGUGGCCACGCUGAGGCAGCUGCCCGAUCUACACCCGCUGCACCAGCUGUUGAUGCCACAUGUUAAGACGUCGCUGCAGAUAAACCUUCAGGCCCGAACGUCUCUGCUGGCAGCUGACGGUGUGUUUGAUAAGGCGAUGGGCUCUGGUCUGAAGACGUUACACGUCCUGCUGUCCCGGGCCUCGGCCAAGACCACCUAUCGGUCCCUGUGCAUCCCUGAUGACCUGAAGGACCGUGGCUUGGACAACCUGCCGCAGAGCUACUACGCUCAGGACGCACUGCACAGUUUUGUAGUCAGUUGGGUAAAUGUUUAUUACAGCAGAGACGAUGACGUUCAGUUGGACUCGGAGCUUCAACACUGGAUCACAGAUAUCAACACACACAGCUUCACGCACAACUCAGGUUUCCCUCAGUCCUUCAACACCAAAGCUGAAGUGUCCAAGUUUGUCACGAUGAUCAUUUUUUCGUGUUCAGCUCUGCACUCUGCUGUUAACUUCUCUCAGCUGGACUUCGCUCUCUGGAUGCCCAACUGCCCGGUGGCCAUGUUGCGUCCUCCUCCGCAGGUCAAAGGCGGCGUGACAGAGGACGACAUCCUGUCCUUCCUGCCCGACGUCAACUCUACGUGUCGCGUAGCAGGAGACAACUGAUGGCUGCAGUAAAUUUGGUGACACUACAGUGUAUAAAAGUUAAGUAAUUGAAUAUUUGUGUAGUGCCUCUCUUCGCUGUUGCAGCGGUUUUGCU